AGGAUAAAUUUCGAAUCUGUGGAUUCUUAAGCGGGCGUGGACACAGAGACAAUUCAAAAUUUGAAAACAGAUUUACUGUUAUUCGCAUUACUCUACUACUGUAAUAAGAACGGGGAGAGGCUGUACGAUAGACAAGAAGAGUCUUGGAUCGAAGAAGAAAGAAAUAUGGUUGGAGGGGAAGAAGAGAAAAGGAGAUGGUGGUGGUUCGAGAGUCAUCACAAGACGACGACGACGACCUCUAAGCAAUCGCAAUGGCUUCAUUCCACACUUGCAGAGCUUGAUUCAAAGACAAAUGCCAUGUUGUCGCUAAUCGAGGAGGGUAACGCAGAUUCUUUUGGGCAGCGUGCGGAGACUUACUACAAGAAACGUCCUGAGCUUAUCUCCUUCGUCCAUGAUUUCUAUCGUGCUCACCGUUCCUUAGCCCACCGUUUCCAUCACCUUAAAUCAUCCUCUUCCUCUUUCUCUAUCGACCACUCUCUUUCCGAUGAUCCCCAUUCCGAGAUUGAAGACCCUGACGAAGAAGACGAAGACGACCAGGACCAGGGAAACGCCUCCUCCACUUCCAAACUGGAACAAGAAAGGUUGAAGCUGAUCCAAGAGAGUGAGGCUCUGAGAAGACAGCUGUUAGAGAAAGACGAGGAGAAGAGAGAGGUCAUCAGGCAGCUUUCUCUUGCUGUUGAGACCCUCAAGGACGAGAACUCGAGUCUCAAGAGACGUCUUCUUCUUCUUCUUCUUCCCGGUGCGUCUCGCACUCUUUUCCAUCUCGACUACAAGUUCCUCGGGAAGCUGUUCUACAUUUGAAAUGCGCCAUCAUCAUGGUAACAAGGAAACUCUUUCUAUGCCUCAUUAUACCUCAUGAGCAUUGGCUACAAUACUUUCUUUCUUUAUGUGUUUGAUUCACCCACUCUUUUUUUUUUUUUUUUUUUGUAAGAUUGAAACAUCUUUUGUUUCGUGCUGUAUUUGUAACCUGGAUUAGCGUAAUUAUCCUCUACCCCA